AGUGAACUCCAGCUAUCUGCCCCCAGGUGACAACCAGGGCAUCCCCAUCAUGUCCAGCAUCAAGCUGAAAGAGGAGCAGCGCAUAACGACCACCUCCCCCUGGAUGUUUCCCUCUCGCAUGGCUUGGCCUGAGGACCACGUGUUCAUUUCCACCCCCAGCUUCAACUAUACAGGCCGUGACUUCCAGCGCUUCUUUGCAGACCUGCACUUUGAGGAAGGCUGGUACAUGUGGCUGCAGUCACGUGACCUCCUGGCAGGCCUCCCAGCGCCUGGCGUGGAAGUAUACUGUCUUUAUGGCGUGGGCCUGCCCACACCCCGCACCUACAUCUACGACCACGGCUUCCCCUACACGGACCCUGUGGAUGUGCUCUAUGAGGACGGUGACGACACAGUGGCCACGCGCAGCACUGAGCUCUGUGGCCUCUGGCAGGGCCGCCAGCCGCAGCCCGUGCACCUGCUGCCCCUGCGUGGGAUACAGCAUCUCAACAUGGUCUUCAGCAACCAGACCCUGGAGCACAUCAAUGCUAUCCUGCUGGGUGCCUACCGCCAGGGUCCCCCUGCAUCCCUGACUGCCAGCCCAGAGCCCCCGCCUCCUGAAUAAAGACCUUCCUUUGCUGCCAUAA